AAACAUAUUGGUUAAUACUGAUAUGAAAAAGCGUAAUUACAAGGGGAUAAAUUAAACAUUUAUUGGAGCGAAGAAUCAGUUUGAUCAACAGCUCUUGAAUAUGCUAAAACAUCUUCGGCUUUCUGUUUAUUCUUCUUCUCAUCAUCGCACUUUUUGAGCAUUCACGAAACUUUGAGUAAAUAUUGCUCACCCUGCUCCUCUCCGCAAAUUCGAUUCCGCCAUUUUUGCAUUUGCAGACAAAAACUAGAAUGGAAGAGAAGGAGAAGAGGAGUAUUUCCUUUCUCAAUUUUUAAGCUUCAAUUUUUUCUGCAAGUGUGGGCUGCUAACAUUAUUUUAAUAGGAUGUACCAGAGGUGAAGCGCGCCGUACAAUAGUCAAUCAAUGCAUUGCUAAACCCUAACAUGCAUUUAAAUCAUUAUUUAUGUAAAUAGAAAGAGGAAGAAAAACCCUUCUCCGUCGACUGGGAAGUUUCCUCAUUGCAUUCAAACCAGCACCGGAACCUUUCCACUUCCACACCAAUGGCCCUGUUGAACCCCGAAGACGACUCUAUUUUGAUCUUCUCCGUCGCGCUCUGGCUCCAAAACAAGGGCUUUUCCAAAGUCCUCAAACGAUUCUGCACCGCUGCUCAAAUUGAGGGUGAGGAUUGGAAGGCCAAGGCACUUAAUUUGAAUGAGAUUUUCACCAAAUAUCAGGAGAUUAGCACUAGUGCUUGCAAUGACUUGAAAUUUCAGGUGAAGCAAGAAGAACUGCUGGCUGAUGUGGCAGAAAAAACUGCAAAUGGUUCAACUGCUGAGGAAAUUAAAGGCAAGAAGAAGAACAAAAAGAGCAAGACUGACACUUCAGUCAAUGAAAGUGAAGAAACACUUGAAGAUACAGCCGUGGCCGAAAAGUUAAAUAAAUCACAUGAGAAUGGCAACGACGAUGAAAGUGGUAAGGCAUCAAAGAAAUCCAAUGCAGAGGAUCAAUCAACUAAGAAACCAAAAGAAAAGAAGAAGAAAAGCAAGUUGGCAUCACAGUCGCUGGAUGCUGAUGUGCCUGAAGUGAAACAAGAAGCUUUAUCAUCUGAAAAUACUGAGGCUACAGAAGAUGGGACUGAUGAAUCUAAAAAGGCUUUCAAGAAAAAAAAAAGAAUGCUACCUGCUGAAACCGAAAAGAAGUCUGGUGAGGAAGUAGCAAUUGAAGAAUCAAAAUCUAAAAAAUCAAAAUGUCUUUAAGAAAGCAAAGAUGUCCAUGAAGCCAAUGGCCAUGCUUUUGAACAAGCAAAAACUGAUGCUUUUGAAAGGGAUAUGAUGACUGUUUCUGCUAACAGUAAUGAAAUGGGCGAAUCAAGUCAGAAAAAAUCUGCAAGCAAACAACCUAAAAGUUCUGAGCGAGAGCAUUCCAAAGAGUGAAGAUUGAUGAGGUGGAAUUUGUUGAUGACAGACUUCAAGACAAUUCUUAUUGGGCAAAGGAUGGUGCGGAAACUGGUUAUGGUGCUAAAGCACAAGUCAAGGGAAGGUGUGGUUUUGUUUCUAUUGAACAUUUAUCAACUAGAGUUUCCUGAGAUAACAGAUGGUGUAGUGUUUUCUUGGGGUUUUAUUUCUUCUUUUCUUUAGCUGGGGUUGGGAGAGGUGAAUAAUGAAUAAUUUUUUUAAUCUUUAGAAAUUAACUAAAUUGCAAAGCAAAUGGAAACACAUUUGGUGAAUGAACAUCUUACAGAGCACUCAAAAUAUAAUUUGGUAAAUGAAGUCGAUGUAGUGCUCACGGUUCAUCUCAGGUAGUCCUAUGUUCCUGUGUCUAGAUAGCAGUCAAGGUUAAAGAUAAAGGCAGAAUUUGGAUGGGUUUUGGUAUAGAUUUGAGGAUGCGUUCUAUGGGAAAAGUAUAGUUUAGAAAAGUACAGAUUGGGGGAUGUGUUUGAUGAGAUAAUUGGAAUUUGGAUGUGCUUUGGUAUAGAUUUGAGGAUGUGUUUGAUGAGAAAAGUAUAGAUUUGGGGAUGUGUUUGAUAAGAAAGGUAUAGAUUUGGGGAUGUGUUUUAUUAGAAAAGUGAAUGGGAUUUAUUUGAAGUAUCCGGAAAGCUUGAAAGCUGCUCCUCGCGCAUCAAUUUUCAUGUUUUUGGCUAUCCAAAAUCUCACCGUGGUUGCUGUUAUCAUUGAUAUGGUAUUCUCUUUGUUUCUUUGUAGGAGUGUAUACUUUUCCUUGCGUAAUUUGAGUUCGGAAAUCUUGCUUUUGAUUUGAUUUGAUUUGAUUCUGAUCUACAUAAGGUUCAUGUAAUGUAUAAUGGAGUAUUGGAGUAUGUGAUAUGAUGCCCCUCUUGCUCUUGCUCU